AAACGAUAAAUAUCCUGUUAACAAAACAACAUGGCGAAAGCUCAAAUCGAAACCGUUCUUGGCCCAAUGAGCGCUGAAGAUUUAGGAAUAACCCUGACACAUGAACACCUAACCAUUAACUAUUCCAACUGCGCCAUGUCGCCUCCGAACGACGACGACAAAAGUAAGAUGAACGACCCGAUAACAUUGGGCAAUCUCAACUGGCUUCGGCACAAUCCUUACAGCUGCGUAGCAAAUCUCAAUCUUGCCGAAGAAAAGGAUGCUGUUUUGGCGGAUCUGAAGUUGCUCAAGCAAGCUGGAGGCGGUACUGUCGUUGAAAAUACGUGUUUCGGAAUAAACCGUGACAUUGCCGCUUUUAUAGAGUUUGCAAAGUUAAGUGGAUUGAACGUGGUUUGUGGAACAGGAUUUUAUGUGGAAAGGACCCAGUCUGAGAGCGUGAAGAUCGCUUCGGUUGAAGAGUUGACCAAGACCAUUGUGGGGGACAUAAAUAACGGCAUUGAUGGAACGAAAGUGAAGCCAGGUAUUAUUGGAGAGGUUGGCUGUUCUUUACCAUUGGCAGAGUUCGAGAAACGCAGUCUCCGUGCAGCGGCGAUUGCACAAUCAGAAACCCACACUCCAGUGAUGAUCCACCCAGGACGUGACCCCACCGCCCCGUUUGAAGACUUGCGCAUUUUCCAAGAAGCUGGUGGUGACGCUAAACACACCGUCAUUGCACAUCUGGGACGAACAAUCUCGAAGAAGGACACUCUUCUAGAGUUGGCUGAAACAGGUGUGUUUCUAGAAUACGAUUUGUUCGGUUCGGAAAUUUCAUACUUUCAAGAAAUGCCCACCAUAGACAUGCUGAGCGAUGCCCAGAGAAUAGACAUGAUUGCUCACUUGAUCGCAUCUGGUUAUGGAGACAGAAUACUGGUAGCUCAUGACGUACACACCUGUCACCAGCUCACCAAAUACGGCGGGCACGGCUACGCGCAUAUCCUGGAUUAUGCUGUCCCGAAGAUGCGUCUGAAGGGUUUCUCGCAGGCGGACAUAGAUAAGAUUCUGGUAUCAAACCCGAAAAGUUGGCUGACGUAUUAUUGAUUGUUACCAAACUUUUCACAGUUUAUACUAAAAUUCUUCAAUGAAGAUGGACAAACGAGGAAACUUUGUUUCCUAGCCGUGUUUCAUGAAGAUGGACAAACCAGGAAACAUUGUUUCCUGUAGCGAUGUUUCAUGAAGGUAGACAAACCAGGAAACAUUGUUUCCUAGCCAUGUUUCAUGAAGGUGGACAAACCAGGAAACAUUGUUUCCCAGCCAUGUUUCAUGAAGGUGGACAAACCAAGGAAACAUUGUUUCCUGUAGCGAUGUUUCAUGAAGGUAGACAAACCAGAAAACAUUGUUUCCUAGCCAUGUUUUUUUUGAAGGUGGAUAUUUUCAACGAUAAUGCACACAGCUGAUUGCAUUUCUCAUCAGUGACCACUGAACAAAC